CGCUUGCUUGGACUGCUAACAAGAUGGAGCUUUUCAAUAUCCUCUUCCUGACACUAAGUCUCUUCGGCCUCACAGUUAAAGCGCAAUUCGGCUUCUUCGACCAAAUGUUCGGCGGCGGCGGAGGACACCAGCAUCAGCAGCAACAGCAGCAGAAUGUUAGGAGUGAUAGUAGUUGGUAUCAGGCUCAGUAUGAUGGCGCACCGUGUUCAAAUUACUUAUGUCCCGGAACCCUAUCCUGUGUCCACUUUCCACACCACUGCCCUUGCGCUUGGGAUUCCUUUGAGGAUAAGGUUGAGCUGGGGGAUGGCAUUGCUGUGUGUGCGAGUAAAGGCGGGUAUCAGGAGGGCGAAACUGCGAAGAAGAUUGAGUUGGCCAGGAAGGGGUUGUUGUAAGGGAAGAGGGGUUGGAGGUCGUAGUGUAUGAGGUAAUUGAUGAGUACAGGUCGCGGAGAAGAGGACGGAUGAGAAUGUGUCUCGAAAACAAAGACGUCAAGAAUGCUGUAUGAUAAUCUCCCAAAGCACGGAGGUUGCAUUGAAGGAAGAAUUGCUAUCACAGACCCAUGAAAUACAAACAGACACCAACAAG